UGUCACAGCUCGGUUGCCCUGUCUUGGGUCUUUGUCAUGCACAUGCGUGCACAAGAAACGGUUACCAGCUACAACAAGAAAUCAAGCAUAACAAGGCAUCAACCAGGUUUCUAUUAAUGCCUGCCUCCACUCGAGGAAACCGGGUUACUCUAAGAAUGUAUGUAAAAAGAUUAAAACGACCCCGUUACUUCCCUUAAUGUAACGAACACAUUGUUUCUUUAGCCCCAUCGGAGUUAACAUGGCUCUCCAUCCAGACACAGACAACAACACUACUACCAACCAACCAAUCAAUCAGAUCUCUCUCUGUCGCCACCGCGGAAAUAAACGACCAAUCAGCUAUCAGAGUGCUUCCAGUGAUAAGGGCCUGAGGACUAAUCAGCUGUCUGUCUGGAUCUUCUGGGGAAACGAACAGCCAAUCAGCAGUCUGUCUGGUCGACACGGAGUGACUGCCUGGCCAAUGAGCGGUGUGUCUAGCUGCACCGAGGGGUGAGCGUCUGCCGAGGCCCAAUCAGCGGCUCAGUGCUGCCUGCCGGUGCCGGAGACUGGUGGUGAGGAGCCGCUGCAGCGCGUCAGGACCGGACCGUGAACCCGGAGACGGUACACACUGAGGCGAAAAGAGACACAGGAUGGAGCGGAUGUCUGAGGAGGCGCUGAGGCUCAACCUGCUGAAACGAGGCUUGGAGUCCCCUAGCGAGCGAGAGGAGGCUCUGGCCAAACGCCUCAAAAUGGAGGGCCACGAGGCCAUGGAGCGCCUCAAGAUGCUGGCUCUACUCAAACGCAAAGACCUCGCUGACCUAGCAGCCCUGGAGGUCGGGGGGCCCCUGGGGGAAGGGAAGGGGCCCGGAGCCAGUAGCCUCCACCACCAGAGCCUCAUGGGAGGCGCCUACGAGGAAAAGAUGAACGGGAGUCUGAGGCUGACGGGCCACGGCAGCCAUAUUGGAGCCAGUAAGAACGGGAAGGAGAACAUGAUGGAUGAGCCGGUGGACAUGAGCGCUGGGAGGAGAUGCGAGGCUGAGCAUGACAGACGGACUCCGUCUCCAGACGUCAUCAUCCUGUCAGACAAUGAGGCGUCCAGUCCCAGAACAACGCCGCGCCCUGAGGAGCGCCUGCACCAGGCCAACCUGGACCUGUUCAAGGGGAAGACGGGGGAAGAGAGGCAGCAGAUGAUCAAGGCUCUGAGGGAGGAGCUGCGUCUGGAGGAGGCCCGCCUGGUGCUGCUCAAGAAGCUCCGGCAGAGUCAGAUGCAGAAGGAGAACGUGGUGCAGAAGGUCCCCGUGGUGCAGAACGCUGCCUCCUCUGUGCAGCCCCCCCCCAUGCACAGCUCUCAGGGCCUGGGGAAGCUGCCUGUGAGGCCGGGCAUGCACAACCCGGAGCCCCAGAACCUCCGCACGGCACAGGGUCACACGGUUAUCAGGUCAGCAGCCAAUGCUAACCUGCCCCCCAUGCUGAUGUCUCAGAGAGUGAUAGCCCCCAACCCCUCCCAGCUGCAGGGCCAGAGACUGUCCUCUAAGCCCGGGAUGUCCCGCUCCAGCUCCAGCAUGGCCAAUGCCGUCAGCUACCAGCAGGCCAGCCAGCAGGUGGCAGCCUCCCAGCGCUCAGGCUCCAGUGCCAUGUACAUGAACCUGGCCCACAUGCAGGCAGCGGCAGCAGCCGGGGGGGGUAUGGGUGGGGCUUCGGCCGUCAGCCCCUCCACCAUGUCCAGCUCGGCGGGCGGAGUCAGCUCCAUCGCAGACCAGGCCAGCAGCCAGGCGGCUGCCAAGCUGGCCCUGAGGAAGCAGCUGGAGAAGACCCUGCUGGAGAUCCCCCCACCCAAACCCCCCGCCCCGCUGCUCCACUUCCUGCCCUCUGCCGCCAACAGCGAGUUCAUCUACAUGGUGGGGCUGGAGGAGGUGGUGCAGAGUGUGCUCGACAGUCAGGGUAAACUCAGAGGCACGCUGGGCCGGAUGGAGCCGUUCUUCUGCGCCCAGUGCAGAACCGACUUCACCCCCCACUGGAAGCAGGAGAAGAGCGGGCGGAUCCUGUGUGAGCAGUGCAUGACCUCCAACCAGAAGAAGGCUCUGAAGGCGGAGCACACCAACCGGCUGAAGAACGCCUUUGUGAAGGCCCUGCAGCAGGAGCAGGAGAUAGAGCAGAGGCUGCAGCAGCAGGCCGCCCUCUCCCCCAGCUCGGCCCCCACCGGCCCCAACGCCUCUAAGACUGACUCCAUGAUCCGACACCAUGCACUCCGCCAGGCCCCCCAGCCCCAGGCCUCCAUGCAGAGAGGCCUGUCUAACUCAGCGCGGGGCGUCCUGUCUAACUUCGCCCAGGCCUCCCAGCUGUCUGUGGCCAGCAGCCUCAUGGGGAUGACCAGCGGCAAGCACUGUGGCAGCGGGGGGGGCAGCGGCAGCAACAGGAUGCAGCACGACAGCCGCCGGCAGAUCUACAACAUCCCAGGGUUAAAUAUCGCCUAUCUGAACCCCGCGGCGGUGGGGGCCCAUAAGAGCUCCAGCUUAGCGGACCGGCAGAGAGAGUACCUGUUGGACAUGAUCCCCCCUCGAUCCAUAUCGCAGUCCAUCAGCGGACAGAAAUGAGCCCAUCUGAAGCCCCCCCCAUCCUGCCCUCCUACCCCAUACUGAAGCACUCCCAGAUCGACCACCACCCCCCAUCGCAUGCAGUGCCUGUCCGUGUGCCUACCUUGAACCAACCCAUGAAACCCACGAGUCGGACAAAGACACUAAACUGUCGGUGCAUCUCAGAUGUUCUUCUUAUAGUACAGCUCUUCUUCUUCGUCAGCGUUGUUUAACAAUUAUAAUUCCCAUUAUUAUCGCUGUUGGUAGCCCUAUUAUUAUUAUACCUGCAACUACCACGUUUGCUUCAGUUUACUCAUUAUGCUUUUUCUUUUAUACGUGUUCGCUCCGUUUUUGAUUCCCUCUUUACUUUGGGCAGUGACAGGAACUCACCGUAGAGCUUAGGAUUAAGACGUGGUUAUUGCUAGUAACAGAAGAUCAACAGGGUGCAUUCUGGUUGCUAUGCAACAUAAAGUUUAACAGCUUUGUAAAAAGUGUUAGCUCUUUAACUUGGAGAAACAAAGUUUAUAAUACUGAUGGGAACAAACAGACGGGGGCCGAGCACCCCCACUCUCCCCUGGUGAAAGGGCCAGUUUCAGGAUCUGUGACCACCGACAGCUGACAAGCUCGAUUCACUCCCCCUGAGUCGGGGGAUCUGGAACCCACAGGAGGGGCCCAUGUGCACUGAAGAGAAGAUCAGUCCCCAUCAGAGGCUCAUCAGGGGACUCUUCCUGUCAGCCCCUCCCCCGCAGAUCACCUGGUGGAUGUAGGUGUAGUCUGUCAUGAGCACUGACACCCUGCAGAGAGCUCAUCCUGGAGGAUCAUCUGAAGCCCCCAAGUGUUCACAGGGAAGUGUCCACUCAGAGAAAGGCAGUCCAUCUCACUUCCUGCUCCCCCGCCCCCACCCUUUGGUUAUCCAGUAUGCACAGACUGAACCCUUUUUACCCCUAAGCUCCUUUUUGGCGUCAUAUGUUCUUUAAAUGAACUCAAGUCUGAAGGUGGAGGCACAUUUCCUGCAUCCAAACCACAGAUUCUCUACCUGGAACCUAAAGUCUGGGUCCUAUUCUUCUUAUAUUUUAGUUUUCGGAUUGUUGGCCCCUCCACCCAACUUUCCUUCUCUUUUUUUUUUUUGCUUAGUUUUUUUUGUUAGUUUGUUUGUUUGUUUGUUUUGCGGCGUCUCCUAAUGACAUGGUGGCGUACCUGAGAGGUGUUAGCCACCGGAGACGAUAAUAAUCAUCAAAGCUAAAAACAGAAACUAUUGUAUGGAUAAUGUAUAGAUACCUAGCUUCAGAGGGAGAAAAUAAACGAUGUGGAUUAUAUCUUUUAUGGGAGAGACAUGAUCAAUCAUUGUGUGCAUGCUCUGCACACGAGUCGCCUCACUCCAGAGGAGCACUUUGCAUAUUUCCAAUUGGAAAAACAUUUUUUUUAAAGGAGGUAAAGAAUGUUACAAUUGAGAGUGGCUAGAGUCUGGAUGCUGGCUGAUGGCCGACCAGAGGUGUGUGAAGAUUGUGGGUUGCAUCACGGUGUGUUUUAUGGGAUGAUGAAUGAUCCUUUGCCAGUGUUGAUCUCUGUUAAUGUUGAACCUCAAGUGUCGGUUUCCAAAUCCUGAAAAAAAAUCCACUUUAAGUAAAUGUAUUGUCCGUUCAAUCAGUGGGACACAACUAGACGCAACAACACCCCCUUUACAUGAGUCGUGUCCCCAUGGAUAUCUCUCCUCAGAUACUGGCUGGUGGUCACAUGGGCACAGCAUGGACGCUCUUCCCUGAUCUCAAAUCUGUUCCAAUUUGCACAUUUCAUUCAUGAACUGGUAAACCUGUUCUGUAAAUGUUUUAUUUAGACUCAGUUUCAUUAACAUUUCCCCCAAAAAAGCAUGGAUUAUUACAGGAGGAAAGUGCUUUAGACCUCUCCUCCAUUGACUGAACAGACACACUACCCUUGUGAAAAGCGUUGUAACAACAGUGCAGGGUUCUGAAACAUUUCAUUCUAAUAAUUGAUCAUCUGCUAAAUCUAUAAAUCUAGAUGUCUGACAAAAACUGUUCAGUGAUUUAUUGUUCACCUAUGGAACGUUCAAUCCAUGUCGACCCCCCCGGGCUGAUGCAUGUACAGGUCACACUGACAUGAGAGCAACACUGCAGAGGAAACGCUGGCCAACACGUCCUCUGGCAGCCAUGUUGGAUUCAUCCGUUCUAAAUGUUUUUCUCAGAUUCUGUGCAGUAAGUGUGUGUGAAUGGAACAAUCAGCAGUUACUUUGUAUUCGAUGGAUGUCUAACCAUGUUUGGUUGCGUCGCACUCAGUUAGUUCAUUCUGGAAUCUUUCACUUUCAUCCUCUGCAAAGUGUUGUGCAGACUCUCACUUUGUCAGGUCAAACUCCUGCAAACUGGAGACAUUCUCAUCAGCCCCAGCUGUUCGCUGUCUGCAGUGUUAGCAUGCUCACAUGCUAAACUCAGAUUGAAACAUGGUUAGCAAUAGUGACUACCUACCUUGUUAUUGUCGUUGUUAGCUUGUAAGUAUGCUGACAUUAGCAUUUAGCACAAUGCACUGCUGUGCUAAGUAGCUAAAGCUACACAGCUAGCACGGCUGUAGUCUCUGGUUGUGUUAAAGCUUGUUCGGCUGAAUGGCAAGCAAUGCAAAAACUGAAGCUAAAAAACAAGAGAAGUUGAGGUGGCAGGUUAAAACCUUUUUCUAAAAGUAUCACAUAUUUAAAAUGUAUUGAAAAAUAAACUAUAGCACUUCACAGGGAAGAGCUAGCUUAUAAUUUACAAUAGUGGAAGCUAGCUGUGUUAAAUUAGUGCUCCAGUUAGCUAAACUAGCUAACACAGCCUCUCUUCUUUUCAUUGCUCAGUGUUAUUUUAUAUUUGUUUCUGUCCAUGUACUAAAAUUCAGUUUGUAUCUGCACUUCAGGUUAAAAGUAAACGACUAACAUUUUAAGCGACAUUUUCGUUUUAACAAUAAAAUUGUUCUUUGUUAGUUGAUGUGUUGUUGCUAACGCAGAAGCAGCAUACUAUCUAUUUGAGCCUCUUUUCAAAGUUUAGUAAAUCAAUGGUAAAACAGAAAGGUCUGGCUAGCUUCUAAAGGCUUCUCUCAGCACUUCUCUUCCUGACCCAAUGCUGUGCCACAGCAUACAGCAUACACACAGCAUACAGUCUCUGAUAGUGUUGCCAUGACUAUAUGUAACAAUUAUCAGUCCACAUCGUGUGCGUGUGUGUGUGUGUGUGUGUGUGUGUGUGUGUGUGUGUGUGUGUGUGUGUGUGUGUGUGUGUGGUGUGUGUGUGUGUGUGUGUGUGUGUGUGUGUGUGUGUGUGUGUGUGUGUGUGUGUGUGUGUGUGUGUGUGUGUCAUCAGACCAUCCCAUGAUAAACAGCCAGUGAAAUGGAAGACUUGAAACUACCUAGGGUGUAAACUAAGUGUACACUUGGAAAACAUCAUUUGUGCUAAUUCUAUUAAAAAAAGAAAACAUGAAUCAAUAAUCCUUUUGGUGGAACAGUAGACAUUGGAUGUAGAGAUAUAUUUUCAUGAGUUUUAAAUGUCUUGGAUACAUUUUUUACUGCCACACAAUUUGAUUUUAGCCAUGGUUUUUCCAUGCGUCUCCUUCUGCUGCCAAGCUUGAGAAAAAGCUCCUGUCUCUGACUCUGUUGCAGAUGCGCCCACACUCUUUGUAUCCGGAUUUCAGAUUCUUUCUUGAAAUCUAAAUUUGAAGUCAUUCUUUUUCUGACGUCUCAAUUCUGUUUUCUUUCUAUUGCAGUUUAAAAAAUAAACAAAUGUAUUGACUAUGAAAUAAAUGACACGAUAUUUGCUAGGUUUGAAGUAAUAAUGACUUAUUGUACAUAAGCAUUUUCUCCUCCCUUGUUCUGAAAAAAGAAAUUAAAUGGUUGUAUAUUGUGUAGAAAAGCAAACAAAAAGCCAUGAAUAUUGUGAAGCUUGUCAUUUCGUUUUGUGAUCACUGUGUAUUAUUGUGUAACAAUGUGCAAAAUGUUUGGGAUUCUUUCCCCUCCGCUUCUUGGAGCUCUCCCUGGAUGCAUUCACCUCGGCGGGGGCUAGCUAGCGUUAGCAGGGGGGUGCACUGGUUCAGACAGAGCGGCUCACAUCACACCUGUGAACAUCUGAUCUCUUCUCUUGGAGCAUGGAAACUGGAAAUAACUUUGAAGAAUGGUUUCCUGCCCAUCAGAUGAUUCAUUGUGUUGGAUUACAUGGAGCCCUCAUGACUUUAGCGUCUCAUUAAACCACGUCUGCUGACCCCUUUGUCCACAUGACCAUAUUCUAUGAAGUGGACCGGUUACAAUCACAGCGUGGAAAGAUGAUGUUUAAAAAGUCAGUUUUCCAGAAAUCAGUUUGUCUCAUACACACUUUUUCUGUGACCGGGACAUUUGUUCUGAAAAAUGUUUUAAUAAAGUUCUUUAAAUGCUGUGAGCAGAUAUCUUACAAGCUGAACAAAUAAAAUCAUAAAAGGUUUAGUUAGGACGUACCCUCCAGUUCUAGUGGGGGCUAGAGCAUGGGCAAAAACAUAUACAUAAUUCCACAUGUCAGUGACCUGAUGAUGUACAAAGAUAACCUGUUCACACUUUUCAUAGGGGUUUAAAUGCUAUCAGCGCCCGGGGGAACCUUGUUUUGGCGGAAUAAAUCCAUUUGAUACAGAGUCGCUUAGUAUUCCAUCCAGUAGACCUGAGGACAGCUGCUUCUGAACCAGUGAUCACUUCCUGCCGACCUCAGCGUACCCCACAUGCGCUCCUCUGCUGCCGGGCUUUUUACUUCUAUUAGUUGUUGUUGCUAAUGCAGGGAAACAUUUAAUUUCUCAAUCAGUUUUAUCAAUUUUCAGUUGACUUUUUGUAUAAUGUGGGAUCUGCAGAAACAGAUGAUGAAACCAACCGGAAACUAAUUGAAGUCCUUUUUUCGUUUUGCUUACAUCAAUCCUGACCUUUUGCACAUACUUGAUAUUUAACGGUCUUCAAAAAAGUAAAAGAAAAUAAUGCUGUUUGAAUACUGCCAGUUGAUUGACAAUUAUGCAUUGAUUGAAAAAAUAAGCUAAUUUUGGAGGAAAUAACUUUGUAAUAUUUAUCUCUUGCAAGCUAUGUUUAAUAAAGGUUGAAACAAUUUGCUUCCAA